AUGGAAGUCGAGCGGGUAGUGAAAGCCAAUGACCGUGACUACAAUGAGAAGUUCCAGUACGCGGACAAUCGUAUCCACACGUCCAAAUACAACAUUCUCACAUUCUUGCCGAUUAAUUUAUUUGAGCAGUUCCAAAGAGUGGCAAAUGCCUAUUUCCUUUUCCUCCUGAUACUACAGCUCAUUCCAGAAAUCUCUUCCCUGACGUGGUUCACCACUAUUGUGCCUCUGGUCCUGGUGAUUUCCAUGACAGCUGUCAAGGAUGCUACUGACGACUAUUUUCGUCACAAGAGUGAUAACCAAGUGAAUAACCGACAGUCUGAAGUGCUCAUUGAUAGCAAACUGCAGAAUGAAAAAUGGAUGAAUGUUAAAGUUGGAGACAUCAUUAAAUUAGAAAAUAACCAGUUUGUUGCUGCCGAUCUGCUGCUCCUGUCAAGUAGUGAGCCGCACGGUCUCUGCUAUGUUGAAACAGCCGAGCUCGAUGGGGAAACGAAUCUAAAAGUUCGUCAAGCGCUACCUGUUACCUCAGAACUUGGAGCAGAUAUUAGCAGCCUUGCAAAGUUUGAUGGGACUGUUGUCUGUGAGGCACCUAACAACAAAUUAGACAAGUUCUCUGGAGUCCUCUCGUGGAAGGACAGCAAACACACCCUCAGCAACCAGAAGAUAAUCCUGAGAGGCUGCGUCCUGAGGAACACCAGCUGGUGCUUUGGGAUGGUUCUUUUUGCAGGUCCUGACACUAAACUAAUGCAGAACAGUGGCAAGACAAAGUUUAAAAGAACAAGCAUUGACAGACUGAUGAAUACCCUAGUCUUAUGGAUUUUUGGAUUUCUGGUAUGCCUGGGAAUUAUUCUUGGAAUAGGAAAUUCAAUCUGGAAGAGUGAAUCUGGGGACCAGCUUAGAACUUUCCUCUUCUGGAGAGAAGGCGAGAAGAGUUCCCUGUUCUCAGGAUUCCUAACGUUCUGGUCAUACAUUAUCAUCCUCAACACGCUUGUGCCCAUUUCGUUAUAUGUGAGUGUGGAAGUAAUCCGUCUGGGACACAGUUAUUUUAUAAACUGGGACCGGAAGAUGUAUUAUGCUGCAAAAGCAAUGCCUGCUGAAGCCCGGACAACCACACUCAACGAGGAGCUGGGCCAGAUUGAAUACAUUUUCUCCGACAAAACAGGAACUCUCACUCAAAACAUCAUGACUUUUAAAAAAUGUUCCAUUAAUGGGAGUGUCUAUGCAGGUGAAGUACCAGAUGACCUGGGCCAGAAGAAAGAAAUAACUAAGAAAAAGGAGGCUGUGGACUUCUCAGGCAAAUCUCAAUCAGAAAGAAGACUUCAUUUCUUUGACCACAGUCUGAUGGAAUCCAUUGAGCGGGGGGACCCCAAAGUACAUGAAUUUCUUCGCUUACUUGCUCUCUGCCAUACUGUAAUGUCGGAGGAGGAUAGUGCAGGACAACUAGUUUACCAAGUUCAAUCACCCGAUGAAGGAGCUCUAGUUACUGCUGCUAGAAAUUUUGGGUUCAUUUUCAAGUCUCGGACCCCAGAGACAAUAACAGUAGAAGAAUUGGGAACACCUGUUACUUAUCAGUUACUUGCCUUUUUGGAUUUCAACAACAUCAGGAAAAGGAUGUCUGUUAUAGUUCGAAACCCAGAAGGACAGAUAAAACUUUAUUCCAAAGGAGCAGAUACUAUUUUGUUUGAGAAACUCCAUCCUUCCAACAAAGACCUGCUGUCUUUGACGUCGGACCAUCUCAAUGAAUUUGCAGGUGAAGGCCUUCGCACCUUGGCAAUUGCUUACAGAGAACUUGAUGACAAGUACUUUAAAGUGUGGCAGGAGAUGCUUGAAGAUGCAAAUGCUGCCACCACUGACAGGGAUGAAAGGAUAUCUGGGCUGUAUGAAGACAUUGAAAGAGAUUUGAUGCUAUUAGGUGCCACUGCUGUAGAAGAUAAGUUACAAGAAGGUGUUAUUGAAACAGUUACAAGUCUAUCACUAGCCAAUAUUAAGAUCUGGAUCCUAACAGGAGACAAACAAGAAACUGCCAUCAAUAUUGGUUAUGCCUGCAAUGUGCUGACCGAUGCCAUGGAUGCCGUGUUUGUGAUAACGGGGAACACAGCUGGAGAAGUGCGAGAAGAACUCAGGAAAGCAAAGGAAAUUUUGUUUGGACAAAACCUGAGUUUUUCCAAUGGACAUGUAGUUGACGAAAGUAAGCGGCCGUUGGAGUUGGACCCGGGUACAGAAGAAGCUCUAACAGGAGACUGUGCCUUAGUCAUAAACGGCCACAGUUUGGCCCAUGCCCUAGAAAGUGAUGUCGAGAAGGAUCUUUUGGAACUUGCCUGCAUGUGUAAGACUGUGGUUUGCUGCAGAGUCACCCCACUCCAGAAAGCUCAAGUCGUAGAGCUGGUCAAAAAGCACAGAAAUGCUGUAACCUUGGCCAUCGGCGAUGGGGCCAACGAUGUCAGCAUGAUUAAAAGCGCUCACAUCGGCAUUGGCAUCAGCGGCCAAGAAGGCCUGCAGGCAGUCUUAGCCAGUGACUAUGCUUUGGCUCAGUUUAGAUAUCUCCAACGGCUGCUUCUUGUUCACGGAAGGUGGUCCUAUUACAGAAUGUGCAAGUUUCUAUGCUAUUUCUUCUACAAGAACUUUGCGUUCACUCUUGUGCAUUUCUGGUUUGCCUUCUUCUGUGGUUUCUCAGCACAGACUGUUUAUGACCAGUGGUUCAUCACUCUUUUUAACAUCGUUUACACAUCAUUACCUGUUUUAGCCAUGGGGAUUUUUGACCAGGAUGUGAGUGACCAGACCAGCAUGGACUGUCCCCAGCUCUAUGAACCUGGACAACUGAAUCUACUUUUUAACAAGCGUAGAUUUUUCAUCUGUGUGGCACAUGGAAUCUACACUUCCUUAGCGCUUUUCUUCAUUCCCUAUGGGUCCUUUUACAACGUGGCUGGAGAAGAUGGGCAACACAUCGCUGACUAUCAGUCCUUUGCAGUUACCAUGGCCACAUCUUUGGUCAUUGUGGUCAGUGUACAGAUAGCCUUGGACACCAGUUACUGGACUGUGGUUAAUCACGUCUUCAUCUGGGGCAGUGUUGCUACGUAUUUCUCCAUUUUACUGGCCAUGCACAGUAAUGGCGUCUUUGGAAUCUUCCCACACCAGUUCCCCUUUGUUGGAAAUGCAGUGCACUCCCUGAGUCAGAAGUUCAUCUGGCUCGUUGUUCUCUUGAUAGCUGUGGCUUCCAUCAUGCCGGUGGUGACAUUCAGAUUCCUGAAGAUGUGUUUAUACCCAAGCCUAAGUGAUCAGAUCCGCAGGUGGCAGAAAGCUCAGAGAAAGGAAAGGCCCAUACGAAGCCGAAGGCCUCAGGUCCGCAGGUCCAGCUCCAGAAGAUCCGGGUACGCAUUUGCUCACCAAGAGGGCUACGGAGAGCUCAUCACAUCUGGAAAAAAUAUGCGAGCUAAAAGUCCAGCCCCAACAUCAGGGCUGGAAAAGACGCUUUAUAAUAACACGAGCUGGAUUGAAAAUUUAUGUAAGAAAACCACAGACAUGGUGAGCGGCUUUAGUCACGAUAAGACAGUGAAGCUGUGA